AUGGUGAAAACAACAGAAAAUAAUUCAGAUACAGGAGCAACAGAGCAACUAGCUGCACACCCAGCUCAAAUUCCCACUCAUCCAGAUGAGAAAAAAAGUCUACCAGCACCAAAUAUUGUUCCUGAUGGAGUUUCUCCACCAAUACAACAUCCAUUAGAUCCAUUAAAUGCUGAUGAAAUAAACUUAACAACACGAUUACUUCUGGCAUCAUCAAAGUUUCAAAAAUAUAUGCGUAUCAUAACAAUAACUCCAAAUGAACCUGACAAUAAACAAUCUGUUGUUAAUUAUAAAUCAAAAGAUCAAUUACAACGACGUGCUACUGCAACAGUUCGUGAUCCCAAAGGUCGAACAACUUAUGAGUUUGUUGUUGAUUUAACAAAUAAAACUGUUGAAAAAUGUACUGAAUACAAGAAUGGUCAACCUGGUUUAACAUUUGACGAAAUGGUUGAAGGUGAUGAUUUACUUCGUGCAAAUAAAGAUUUGUUAGCUGCAUUUGCUAAACGAAAUAUUAAAAUGGAUGAUGUUGUUUUUUAUCCAUUUUCAUCUGGUUAUCGUGAUGAAACAGAUGCAUCAUCUAAAAGACGAAUCUAUCGUCCAUAUGCUGCUGUUAGAAAACAUCCAGAAGAUAAUUAUUAUGCACAUCACAUUGAUGGUCUUGUUAUUACUGUUGAUUUAGAUUCAUUUACAGUUGAAGUUGAAGAUCAUGCCAUUAUACCGAUAGCUCCAAAAUCUGGUAAUUAUGAUCCAGAAGGUAUUAAAUCACCAGACAAUGUACCCUAUUUUCCUGAUGGUAUUCGAAAAGAUCUUAAACCAUUUAUUAUUACUCAACCUGAAGGUCCAUCAUUUCAAAUAGAUGGCUAUCAAAUUUCAUGGCAAAAAUGGCGUAUUAGAGUAGGAUUCAAUGUUCGAGAAGGUCUUACAAUGAAUAUGGUUGAAUAUUUUGAUCAAAAUCGUUAUAGACCUAUCUUUUAUCGAGCAGCUAUCUCUGAAAUGUGGAUACCGUACGCUGAUGCUAGUCCUGGACAUAAUUAUAAAAAUGCAUUUGAUGUUGGUGAAGCUGGCAUAGGUUUAUUAACAAAUAGUUUAGUGCUUGGAUGUGAUUGUCUUGGUGAGAUUCGUUAUUUGGAUGGUAUUGUUAAUAAUAAUCAAGGUCAAGCAUUAUUAUUAAAAAAUGCUAUUUGUAUUCAUGAAGAAGAUAUUGGAUUACUUUGGAAACAUACCGAGUUUGUUGACCAACGUGUUCAAUGUCGUCGUUCAAGACGUCUUGUUAUAUCUUCAAUGAUUACAGUGGGUAAUUAUGAAUAUGGUUUGUAUUGGUAUUUUUUUCAAGAUGGUACUAUUCAAUUUGAAGCUAAACUUACUGGAAGUAUUGCACCAGGUGCAUAUGAAACUGAUAAACCACCUGUCUCUGGUGGAAUAGUAGCUGAAGGAUUAUAUGGUCCACAUCAUCAACAUUUUUUCAACAUGCGUAUUGAUUGGAUGCUUGAUGGAAUGAAAAAUUCGCUCGUCGAAGUUAAUUGUGAACCAAUACCGAAAGGACCACAAAAUCCAGCAGGAAAUGCUUGGAUAGCACAAGAAACAAUCUUAAAAACUGUUGGUGAAGCACGUCGAUUACAUGAUGAUAAAAAAGGUCGUGCUUGGAAAAUUAUUAAUAGUCAAAGUAAAAAUCAUGUUAAUCAACCAGUUGCUUAUAAAAUUAUUCCAUCUGGUCCACCAUGUUAUCCGUUAUGUGAUGAAGAUUCUUGUCAAGGUCGUCGAGGUGUAUUUGCCCGUAAUCACAUAUGGGCAACACAAUAUCAUCCAGAAGAAUUAUAUGCUGCUGGUCUUUUUCCUAAUCAAUCUCCUGGUGAUGAUGGUAUUGUUGCUUAUAGUGAAAAACAUAAAAAUGAAUCAUUAGUUGAUAGUGAUCUUGUUACUUGGUAUACAUUUGGUGUUACACAUAUUGUACGACCUGAAGAUUGGCCUAUUAUGCCUAUCGAAACAUGUGGAUUUCGUUUGAAACCGUAUGGAUUUUUUGCUGGAAGUCCAGCACUAGAUGUUCCACCACCGGUUGCAAAGGAAUGUCACGGAGGAACAUGCUUAAAGCAUUAA